CGUCACUGCCAAUUCAUUAUCCUUCAGACGAACCCAAAAAGGAUCUCCCAAAGUUUGAGCAAUGGCAGCGUCAGACGACGUCGAAUCUCUCGCCAGAGCUUUCUCAGGUGUUGGUGUGGAUGAGCAGGCGUUGAUAUCCGUUCUGGGGAAAUGGCAUCCGGAGCAGAGGCAGCAUUUCAGGAAAGCCACACGCGAUUUCUUUGUUGAAGAUGAACGCCAAUUCGAGAGGUGGAACGAUCGCCAUAUCUUGCAGCUCCGCCACGAGUUUUUACGUCUCAAGGAUGCGAUCGUGGCGUGGACCAUGCAUCCAUGGGAGAGAGACGCCCGGCUGUUGAAAGAGGCGUUGUACAAGGGGCCUCAAUACAAUGUGCUGAUAGAAAUCGCCUGUACCAGAUCGUCCGAGGAACUCUUGGGCGCACGAAGAGCCUAUCACUCCCUCUUCCAUCACUCAAUCGAGGAAGACGUCGCGUUCCACGUCCACACCCCCGAGAAAGAGCUUUUGGUUGCAGUUUUGAGUUCUUACAGAUAUGAAGGGCCAAAAGUGGAUGAAGAGACUGCGAAAUUAGAGGCGAAGACCCUCUCAGAUGUCAUAGGGAAGAAGGGUCUUAAUAAAGAAGAUGAGGAUGUUGUGAUCAGGAUAUUAUCCACCAGGAGUAAGCUCCAUCUCAAGGCCAUUUACAAGCAUUACAAGGCUAUUACAGGAAACUACUUAGACGAGGAUAUCGAGGGAGACUCGCGUCUAAAAGAGACUGUCCAAUGCUUAUGCACGCCCGAAAAGUACUUUAGCCAGGUUCUGGAUGCGUCGUUGAGAUACAACGCGGACGAGAUAAGCAAAGAAGCGUUGAGUCGAGUAAUUGUGACGAGAGCGGACGCGGAUAUGAAGCAAAUCAAAGAAGAAUACCAUGGGAAGUACGGUGUAAGCCUGGGGAAGAAGAUUGAAGAAGUUGCCAAUGGAAACUACAGAGAUUUUUUGCUGACUUUGAUUGCAAGAUCAGGAGAGUAAUUUGAGUAGUUGUUGAGAAAGUUCUGCUUGAACCUCGAUCGGCUCUAAUUGGAAUCCAUUUUGCUCCGGUCAUCUUUUUUUCCUUGGUCUUUUGCUGUAUGAUUGCUUCUGAGUAUUGUUUGAGGUGAAAAUAACAUCAACUUUGGCUUUGCAAUCCGCGCCGGUUUGAGAACGUGUGCCGCGAUGCACGUGCUCUUUCUAAUACUUUUCUUGAUGAUGUUAGACAAUGGAUUAUUUGUGCUGAACUACCAUUUUCUGUUAGCUCAUGUGGUAUAUAUCGCUUAUGUCGGAUCCCUAAACCUGUCGGGGGUGAAACUUUAUAAUGAUUCAUGAUUGUAUUGUACUCU